AUGGAUGAUGAACAUUUAAUCAAUCAAGUUAAAGAGUUUCCUGCUCUAUACAAUAAAAAAGAUUCUAGAUACAAAAGCAAAUUAGCAAAAGAAAAUGCGUGGAAGACCAUUGCGGCUAUUUUGGAAAGCGAUGUUGUUAGCUGUGAACAAAGAUGGACGAGUUUGAGGGCCAAAUAUACUACCAUUCGAAAGAAACUUAGGGAGAUGCCAUCCGGGUCUGGGAGUGCCGAUAUUCCAUGUUUUUGGCCAUAUUAUCACAUGCUUAGUUUUUUGGAUCCCUUCCUGCUAACGAGGAGAACGGUGUCAAACUUCAAGCCCUCAAUGCAGCCAGUUUCCUCUGCUUGGGACACUUUAACUCAAGUUUUAGAGGGAACAAGAGAGGAGCCUGAACAUAGUGAAUCCGACGAUUUUUUGACACCUCUUCCAUCCCCAAGGGAGGAAUCCCUAGCGGCCCCAACUCCCCAGCAGGCGAGGAUCCAAAAAACUGCCAGCGCCAGUCCUCACGUCGAACUUGAGGCGAAAAAAAGGAAAACUGAAACUGUUCAAGAUGAAUUGUGUAACAAAAUGUCUUCCUGCAUUGACACACUAAAUGCAAAUUUGGGGCAAAAAUCCUCGGACAGGGAGUUUGCUCUAAGUCUUGCCCAAGACAUGAGUGUCUUGACAAGCGAAGAAAAAAUUUUUUUUAAGAGGAAUGCUUAUAUGUUACUAACAGAAAUCCUAGAAAAAAGACAUUAAAAAGAUUUGUUUAGUACCUACCUAUAUUUUUUUUUUGUGCUGGAUACUUUUUCAAUUUAAAAUAAAAAAUGUCAAACUACAAGUACCAUCAAUGGUACCUCAAUAAAAAUAAAUAAAAUAACAAAUUU